AUGAAGUUCAUGAAAGAGUAUUCGGUAAAAUCAACCCUCGAAUCCCUCGGGACGAUAUUCCUUCAUGGUAACUGUCAGGUAAGAUGUAAGGGUAAGACAAGUCCUGACUCCCGAGUUCCUCCUUAA